GGACCCAGAAGGACUACCACUAAGAUUCUCCAUCAUCUCAGGCAAUAUGAACAAUGACUUUGGCAUUAAUUCGACAACAGGAGAAGUUAGAUCACAAAGAGCACUGGACAGAGAAGCCACCCCUCAGUACACUUUAAACAUUAGAGUGCAGGAUCAGAGUGGACUGUCUGCACAGACAACCUUGACAAUCAUAAUCCAAGAUGUCAACGAUAACAAUCCUAUUUUUACACCCGCUUCUUACACCUUCUCUGUACUUGAGGGAAGAUCAAAUGAAGAUGUAGGAACAGUUACAGCAACAGAUGCAGACCAAGGUGCAAAUGCAAACAUCAAUUACCAAAUAUCACCCUUUUCAUCUACUGGUUCUUCUAGUUUAUUUACCAUUUUACCAUCUGGGCUAAUAAGAACAACCACUCCACUAGACUACGAAACAAGAACUUCCCAUGUGAUUCUGGUUCUGGGCAUUGAUGGAGGAGCUAGUAGUAGAACAGGAACAGCUACUGUUACUGUUAAUGUUCAGGAUGUACAAGACACCAUUCCUUUGUUUACAGAGACUAACAUUGUCGGCUCUAUUCCUGAACGACAGCCAAUUGGUACAUCUAUAGUGCAAGUCACGGCGUUGGACCAGGAUGUUGUGGAUCAGAUCACUUACAAAUUCAGUGCAGGAGAAUUCAGUGUCUUUAGUAUCAACCAGAAUAGCGGCCUGAUUACAAACAAACAACUUCUCCAGUUUGAGACUAAAAAUAGCUAUGUGUUCCAAGUGACCACAGUUGAAGGAGAAGGUUCCAAUGCUUUGUCUGCAACAGCAACAGUCACUAUAAAUCUAGAGGACAUCAACAAUUAUCCUCCAGUGAUUCAAGCCAUGCCUUCAAAUAUGCAGAUUCCUGAAAUCGUCCCCAUUGGAACCACUAUCAUCUCUAGUAUAACAGCAACAGACGCAGAUGGAAAGGCCCCAAACAACCAAAUUAAAUACAGUAUAACAAAUGAUACAACUGCACAGAGAUAUUUCUACAUUUAUCCAGAUUCUGGCCGAAUUUUUCUCACACAGACAAUACGAGGAACUGGAAUUAGCCAAUUCAAUUUACAAAUAACAGCAACUGACGGAGGAACCCCGCCAUUACGCGGACAAGCGACAUUGGUUAUAAACAUUAAAGAAUCUCCUUAUGCAAACGACAGCUGUGCAUCAAAUUUGUACUCCCCAGUUUUUACUGCACCGUUGUACUUUGUUAAUGUUCUAGAAGGGGACUACUCGUUAAGCAACAAAUUAUUGAUACAGAUUUCUGCCUCAGAUAACGACGUUGGUAUAAACGGUGAAAUAAUAUUUGACAUCCAAAGCGUUUCCAACAAUGGAGCUGGAAAGUUUAAAUUAGUUCAGACCGAACAGGAUGAAAAGAUCGCUAUUGUUUGUAGUAGCAGUAUCUGUAGAGGAGAAACCUACGUAAUAAUGCUCCGUGCAUCUGACAUUGCUUUACCGAUAUAUAGUAGAAGAAGUUCUUCAGUUCCAGUAGAAGUUAAAGUAGCACCAUUUGAUGUGCCUUCAACUCGAUGUACCCUGAAGUGACAUUUGUAAAUCAGAAUCACAUUUUAUCAUUCCAUUUCAAAUAUUUGAAACUUUCAAGGACAUUCAGAAGCAGAUAGUUCUAGAUAUUAUGGUUGGACUUUUAAGGAAUCUAGUUAUCUUUCAUAGACCGAAGUUGCUUUUAUAUAUGUUCAGUAGUUUAGAGAAUGAGUUGUGCAAUAUUCAAAAACAACCAGUGUGAAUAGCUAUAGAAUUAUAUAGCAUGUUGAUUGUUGUAGACUUUGCUUCAUACGGAAAUAUGAAGUAACGCGACUCAGAUUUUCUUAUAACAAGUAAUAAUGAACAAUCUUAAGCACUGAAUAUUGGCAAAAAAAGGUAAUUAAAAAAGGUCGAGAAUACAUGACUCAGUCAUAUACACCGUUUUAGUGUGGUAAGUCAGGUAGUCAGGUAAUAACAUGUAUAAAUAGCACCAUGUAUACAAUCUUUUCAAGUUCUUUGACAAGCGCCAUUCACGAGAAGUGAAAAUUGCGAGUCAUAUGGAUAAGAAACCUGGAGGCCUGGUGACCUGUAUUCGGCAAUGGUAAUAAAGAUCUGACACGCUUCCCAAAUUAC